CCAGCCGCGGGGCUACUCAGAGCCGAGGCAGAACUGCCCCUGGCACACGGCAGAGUCUGGCUGCAGGGAAAGGGGAGUGGAAAUUUACAGCUGCUCUGAGUGCGCGCGUGUGUGUGUGAGUGUGUGUGCGUGCGUGCAGGCUCAGGCGCUCAUUGCUGCUCACGCUUUUCCAGAGGGUAACAGUUGCUCCGCGGAAGGAGAGCGAGAGGCUGAAUUCCGGAAUCUGCUUUCCUCUCCACGUGUCAAGAAGGAGAAGCUGACAUUACAUGGGAGAUAACUGAAAGCCCCCCUGGCUGGCCAUGCUGGCAGAGAGCUGUCUUCAGCACCUCGCCAUGGUGCUGCGCUGCGCUGCCUAGGCACGCCUGGACCCUUCUGCACGCAGCUAUUUUUUGUUCCCUGGCAUGUUCCCUCACCACGUGGCCCAGCAAACAGCAACACCAGUCCAGGAGAGGUGGUGGUGUAAAGCUUGACCUCUAAAAGGGGAAGAUGAAAAAAUGCCUGUGGCAGUCUGAGCAACCCUACCACACCUUGAUGGUAUUUUUUCUAAAAUGCAUCCUGCCAGUUAAGGUUUUGAUCACCGAAUGUCUCUCUCAGAUCUUCACAACCUCAUGCUUUGUUUUCACAGGCAUUCCUCUUCUACACUGAAAGAAGAAAUCCAGGUGAAGAAAAAAAACCAUGCCUUUGUUUAGUAAAUCGCACAAAAAUCCUGCUGAGAUUGUGAAAAUUCUGAAGGAAAACAUGGCCAUAUUGGAAAAACAAGAAAAAAAAACAGACAAGGCGUCAGAGGAAGUGUCAAAAUCUCUGCAAGCAAUGAAGGAAAUUCUGUGUGGAACUACAGACAAGGAACCACCAACAGAAGUAGUGGCUCAGCUGGCACAAGAAUUGUACAACAGUGGCCUUCUAGUGACACUUAUUGCCAAUCUGCAGCUCAUAGAUUUUGAGGGUAAAAAGGAUGUUUCCCAGAUAUUUAACAACAUCCUGAGAAGACAAAUUGGCACACGCAGCCCUACUGUGGAAUACAUUAGUGCCCAUCCACAUAUCCUAUUCAUGCUUCUGAAAGGCUAUGAAUCCCCAAAUAUUGCCUUACGCUGUGGAAUUAUGCUGAGGGAGUGCAUCCGACAUGAACCGUUGGCCAAAAUCAUACUUUUUUCAGAACAGUUCAGAGACUUUUUCAAGUAUGUGGAAAUGUCAACGUUUGAUAUAGCAUCUGAUGCCUUUGCUACGUUCAAGGACUUGUUAACAAGGCACAAGUUGUUGGUAGCAGAUUUUAUGGAACAAAAUUAUGAUACGAUCUUUGAGGAUUAUGAAAAACUCCUUCAUUCUGAGAAUUACGUAACAAAGAGACAAUCCUUGAAGCUGCUGGGUGAACUGAUUCUAGACAGACACAACUUUGCCAUCAUGACAAAAUAUAUCAGCAAACCAGAGAAUCUGAAGCUGAUGAUGAACUUGCUCCGAGACAAAAGCCCCAACAUUCAAUUUGAAGCAUUCCAUGUGUUCAAGGUGAGCUAGAAUGAGUUGUAAAGGUGACAGACUUUCUUAUCUGCUCAUAAAGGUGUCUUUCAAGGUGGCCAAGAGAAAGCCUGGAAAAAUAAGGCAAAAGGUUGAGGUUUACAGCCAUGUCAAGCAUCUGAGAACAUCUUCCUUGAAGACCUUUACUAUGCAACCUCUGUUUUCAUAGAGUCAUAGAAUGACUUGGGUUGGAAUGUACCUUAAAGAUGUAGUUUCAAUACCCUGCCAUGGGCAGGGCUGCCCCCCACUGGGUCAGGUUUUGCCUUCCUUCAGGUGAGUUCUAAUGCAGCAUCAUUUCAAACUGAGAGGGUUGUCACUCACACACUGAUGAAGUGGAUGGUAACAGCACCAAAAUGCACUGCUUCUAGAUAUUGUUCAGGGUCCUUUCCCCAGCUCUUAUGUAAUUUUACCACGUGAUUCUGGGUAAACAUAUUUAAAACAACAAAUCCCCACAGUGUCUUAAAACUCUUGGUUAAGAUCAAAAGUAGAUGUACAAAUACUGUGCAUCAACGUGAAGGCAGUUUGCUUUUAAAAGUAUUAGAAAGAUUUGAUAAAUCUCGUUUGAAAUGAGUUCAAUCUUUCCAUCCUUCUGCACUCAUCAUUAAUAGAGUCUUAAAUAAUUACCAGACCGAAAUAAUGUCUUUCUUUUCUUUAUGAUCAUAGAAUCUUAAAAUCACUAAGGUUGAAAAAGACCUCCCAGAUCAUCCAGUCCAACCGUCCACCUACUAACAGUACUUCCACGUUAAACCAUGCUCCUCAGUACAGCAUCUAAAUGUUUUCUGACCACCUCCAGGGAUGAUGACUCAACCACUUC